AUGGCUUUCGCAUCGUCGCCCGUUGACUCGCCGUCGUCAUCCUUCUUCGCCGCCGCCGCUGCCGCCCCGGACCUCGACGGCCUCGCCCAGGCGCCAGCGUCCGUCGCUCGCGCCAUCCUCGUGGCUCUCUGCGAUGACCGACGGGUUCGAGCCCAGGCGUUGAGGCAGCUUGAGCGGCUGCUGCGCUUUGAGGCCGAUGUCCGCGAGGAAGAGGAGGAGGAUGGUGUCAAGAGGAGCCCCAAUUCCGUCUCAAGUCCAUCAAAUCCAAAAAAGAGAAAGGCAACCGGCGAGCCCAAGAUCUGUGUUCAGUGCGACGGCAUCUUCACGGCCGACGAGAACAGCUUUGGUUCAUGUUGGUACCACUCAGGCGAGCUGGAGCUUUGGGAUGAGACGCAAAUACCACCAACAAUCUGGGACGACGUAUCGUCAGACGAGCUGGACACAGAUUCCAAUCGCCUAGAGUAUCCCGCAGCGUUCCGAUGGUGCUGCUGCCAGAGGCUAGGCGACAGGCAAGGCUGCGUGCGCGGCACACACGAAGCCAACCCGGAUAGGAGCAAAAAGGGCCGCGGCAACGAGCUGUCCGAUCUCGAAGACGAUCCGCUGGAGCUUGACGACGCCUCAUCGCAGGAGUUGGGACCGCCGCCGCAUCAGCAGCACUACACGAUCUCGAGCUCACCGACGGACGCUGGCCACAAGGCGACGACGGCAACGAUGACUGUGAGAACGGCAACCUCGCUGACGACAACGCACCAUCACCACCAACAGCAAUGA